GAUCUGCCUUCCCCUGAGGAAGAGAGACAAGGAGGCAAAGGAAAGGGAGAAAAAAAAAAGCUUGUGUUUUCAUUCAUAACUUUUUUUUCUUCCCCUUUUCCCCUCCUCUUCCUUCCUCUCCGUCUGCGCCGUGAUCCGCUCCGCUCUGCUCGGGGCGCAGAGGGCGCCGCGCCGCCGCCGCCCGCCCGGGGCUGCGGGGAGCGGGGCGGAGCAGGGCGGGACGGGGGCGCUGGCGGCGUGUCCGAGCGGGUGUGGAGAAGGGGAGGGAAGCGGGAUCCCACCCUCGAGGUGCGGGGAAGGAGCGCAGCCCCGGGUGCAGACCCGUGAGGGCUCUCGCCGCCUGCGACGAUUUCAGAUGCAUGCCAGGUUCCCGCUGAAUGCCAGCAGCAGAGAUCACUACAGAUGGAGCCCCAAAGUCAGCAUGGCAGCGGCGGCUCCCUGGUGGUGAUUCAGCAGCCUUCCCUGGACAGCCGGCAGCGCUUGGACUAUGACAGGGACAGCCAGCCCACGACCAUCUUGUCACUGGACCAGAUCAAGGCCAUCAGGGGCAGCAACGAAUACACCGAGGGGCCGUCGGUGGUGAAAAAGUCGGGUCCGCGGACGGCGCCGAGGCAGGAGAAGCAUGAGAGGACUCACGAGAUUAUACCGAUUAAUGUGAAUAAUAACUACGAGCACAGGCCCGGCCAUGCGGGGCACGUGGCCCAUCAGCAUAACACCAGGGCUCCCGUCCUGAGCCGCUCCACCAGCACGGGCAGCGCGGCCAGCUCCGGCAGCAACAGCAGCGCCUCCUCGGAGCAAGGGCUGCUGGGGCGCUCGCCGCCCUCCCGGCCGGGCUCCGGCCACAGAUCCGACCGGACAAUCCGGGCGCAGCCCAAGCAGUCGGCGCUGAUCGUGGACGAUCUGAAGGGGCCUUUGAAAGAGGACUUGACGCAGCACAAGUUCAUCUGCGAGCAGUGCGGGAAGUGCAAGUGCGGGGAGUGCACGGCGCCGCGGGCCCUGCCCUCCUGCCUGGCCUGCAACCGGCAGUGCCUGUGCUCGGCCGAGAGCAUGGUGGAGUACGGCACCUGCAUGUGCCUGGUCAAAGGGAUCUUCUACCACUGUUCCAACGACGAUGAAGGGGACUCGUACGCGGAUAAUCCCUGCUCGUGCUCCCAGUCACACUGCUGUUCUAGGUACCUGUGCAUGGGAGCCAUGUCCUUGUUCCUGCCUUGCUUGCUCUGCUACCCUCCGGCCAAAGGAUGCCUAAAACUCUGCCGGGGGUGCUACGACCGCGUCAAUCGUCCGGGGUGCCGGUGCAAGAACUCCAACACGGUCUAUUGUAAACUGGAGAGCUGCCCCUCCCGGGGUCAGGGCAAGCCCUCAUGAUUUUGGGAGGGAGGUUUACUUCCUCCAACUUCAGUUUUUCAGGUUGUAGCUGAUUUUUUUUCCCUGCCCCCAUCUUUUCUUCUUCCCCCCCUCCUCUCCCAUUUUGGGAGGACUGUUGCUUUCCUUUCCUUUCUGUCUGCCCAGCUUCAGACACAUGAGCUCUUCCCCUUGCAUCUUUGCUCUCCUCCUCCUACUGACUUGGCUGAGUGUGGAGCGUUUCACGCAGUUGCUGCUGCUCUUUGGUAAGUGUGGACCUGGGAUCUGCACCUGCCGCUCCUUCGGGCAGGGUCUUUGAGUUUGUAACUGAACCACUCCUGAAAGAGACAGUGAGGGCUCACUGGGCUCUUGAAGCUUCUUGCUCUGUGAAUAUCUUCCCAAAGAUGUUUUUUUUUUUUGUUCUCAGCAAGUUAUGGUUUUUUUCUCCUUAACCUCCUGGGUGCCAAGGAAGAAUAACUUUCCUGAGUGAGCUGGAUUGUGAAAUAACUUUUUGUGUGUGUUCUUUCUGGAGAGGGAUGUAAAAUAAAGGCUUCACCAAAUGAAAGGCCUGACUCUUCUAUAAGCAGCCUGCUUCUUUUUGCAUCUUUUUUUUUUUUCUCCCUCUCCUUUUCUCUUAACUUUUGGAACAUUCUCAGACCUGAGAAUUCCCCGGCCUUUUUUUUUUUUAUUUUUUCUUUUUUUUUUUUUUUUUUUUUUUUACAUUUUCAAUGUAACUUCAGUUUUUGCUACACUGUGUAGGUCUUCACAUUGGAGACGUUGUGGCUGCAACAUACUCAUUUGUUUCUUUUGCUGUCCAGUCUUUGAAGGAUAUUGCGUGUUCCACCCUCCUAAUCCAGUUUUUAUAGUCUGUCAGUAUCAGUUGAUAUUAAAGUUGGUGGUGUUCAUAUAUCCAAACAGCCUUCAGGUGUCAUUGAGUCACCUAAAUGUUCUUGAAUCCUUCAAGUCUCUUGUGAUCCUUUGGCUUAGUGAGUUUAGCUCUGCUCUGUACUUUAUAAUUUUAUUCUGUCCCUGUUUUAUUGCCUUAGCCACAAAUUGUGGUCCUUUUUUGUAUAUUUUAUGUAUAAAACACAAAGUUGAAUCCCAACUAUUUUUAAGACAAAAGUCUGUUAAAACUUUUUUUAUUGUAAAGAAUAUUUAUUAUGUGAAUCUCUAUUAUUUUAUGAUAUUUAUUGCAAAAGACUUCGAAAAUGUACUCAUGUCUGAAUAUAACAAAAUAUCAAUACUUAACGAAAUAAGGAUGACACGAAGAAAGUACAUAUGUUAACUAUAAUGCAGAAAAUAUAUUAAUUAAUGAAAACGCCUCUGGAGUUCUUUUGUUACAACUGGCAGGUUGUGAGCUACCUGUGUGUAUUGCUGGGCUGUUCCUCCUCCUUCAGGUCUGUCAGGUGGCAAAUAACCUCCUAUUGAUACUUCAAAGCCACUAGUCUGUGCUCUAGUUUAGUCUACCUAAUUUUAAGUUCAAGCCAACUAUAUAUCAAAUAAGGGAUGUUUAAUACAAUUGAAUCUGUGUUUUGCUUAACAGUGCCAAGAAAUGGAGGCUCUAUUUAUUUACCAAAGCAUUUGGAAAUACAUUUGCGGAGGAGGAAACCACAACUUCCAAGCUGGUUUCUUUUUUGGUGUUUGUUUUGUUGUUUUUGGUUUUUUUUAAGGAAUACCACAUUAACAUGCAAAGCCAUUGAAAAUUUUCCUAUAUAGAACUUCAUGGCUGGUUAAAUUGUGCAGCAGUUGAAGAAUUUAACCUCCUCACCUCGAUUCUAAAUAAAAAGUUUGGAGCCAGGAUGAAAAA